AUGGAAAGAAGCAAUAUUACUUUUGUGGUGGAAUUCAUUCUCCUAGGAUUUUCUGACCUUCCCAACUUCCAAAAGCUACUAUUUGGAAUUUUCUUAGUCAUCUAUAUGAAUAUACUCAUAGGAAAUGGCCUCCUGAUUUUCAUAACUAAGACCAAUCCUACUCUUCAAACCCCCAUGUACUUUUUCCUUGGAAAUUUUUCCUUCUUGGAAAUCUGUUACACAUCAGUCAUUCUUCCUAGAAUGCUGAUAGACCUUUGGACUCAGAAGGGAAACAUUUCAUUCCUAUCUUGUGCUAUACAAAAUUGCUCAUUUUGUAUUCUAGGAGUUGCAGAGUGCUUACUCCUGGCUGUGAUGGCUUAUGACAGAUAUGUUGCCAUCUGCAAGCCUCUUUACUAUCCCAUCAUCAUGAAUCACAAGAUGUGUGUCCAGUUGGUGAUUGCCUCCUGGAUCACUGGUAUUCCAGUCUUGAUAGGACUCACAUACCAGAUUUUCUCUCUGAACUUUUGUGAUUCUAACAAACUUGAUCAUAUUUUCUGUGAUGCUCCACCAAUACUGGAGAUUGCCUGUGGGGACACAUAUCAGAAAGAGCUCUCUGUCCAUGUUGCUGCUCUUUUUUUUAUCAUGACGCCCUUUCUGUUGAUACUCAUAUCCUAUAUCAAAAUCAUCACCACCAUACUAAAGCUUCCAUCAACCUCAGGGAAAUCCAAAGCCUUUUCUACUUGUUCUUCUCACAUCAUGGUUGUUGGUUUAUUUUAUGGGUCUGGUAGUAUUGUUUAUUUGAGACCCGAAUCCAGUCAUUCAGCCAAAUCAGAUAAAGCCUUCUCUGUUUUAUAUACUACUGUUACUCCAGUAUUAAACCCCAUCAUAUAUAGCCUGAGGAAUAAGGAUGUAAUUGCUGCACUGAAAAAAAUCCUUCCAAAGUGA